AUGCUCGCUGCUGCCUUUGCCGCCUUCGCGCUCGCCGCCUCCGCCAUGGCUGACCAGACCAUCCUCGUCGGUCAGACCGGCGGCAAGAUGGCCCUCGCCUUCUCGCCCAACAACAUCAACGCGACCAAGGGCGAGGUCAUCACCUUCCUCUUCAACGGCAUGCCCGGCAACCACACCGUCGCCCAGUCCUCCUUCGCCACCCCCUGCGAGCCCCUCGCGAGCGGCUUCGACUCCGGCUACGUCCUCGUCAAGAACGGCACCUCCGGGCCCUUCCCCACCUUCAACCUGACCAUCACCGACGAGACCACCCCGAUCUGGUUCUACUGCGCGCAGGUCCUCGGCCCCAACGGCCCCCUCGCCCACUGCCCCGCCGGCAUGGUCGGCGCGAUCAACGCCCCCGGGACGGGCGACCACGUCUUCGCCUCCUUCUCCGCCGCGGCGACGCAGACCCCGACCACGCAGCCCACGCCCGCGCUCCUCGGCAUCGGCGCGUCCGCGUCCGCGUCCGUCUCGCCCACCGCCGCCACGAACGUCGCCUCGAACGCGACCUCGACCGGCUCCUCCUCGACCGGCUCCGCGACGAGCAGCGGAAAGUCGAGCGCCGGCACCGUCGUCGUCAACGGCGCGCUCGCGCUCGUCGCCGCCGCCUUCGGCGUCGUCCUCGCCUGA